GGAGCCUGGCUGUGCUGGUGACAAAAAGCCCCAGGAUGGAGCGCGGGAAAUAAAGGCUCUUUUUCUCCCCGUGCACUAAUUAGUGAAGUGGCGGGAGAAGCUCACCUUCACAAGCGGCACCUCCCGGCGACGCGUGCGCGAUCAUUCACGCACCACAGGGAAUCUGCCCUGCCUGUGUUUUGCGUGUGCGUGUGUGAUGGACGAGCAGCCGCGGCUCAUGCACGCUCACGCGCGGGUCGGCAUGGACGGAAGCGAGCGAAGAGACACUGGAGACAUUGGAGACAUUUUACAACAAAUUAUGACCAUCACUGACCAAAGUCUGGACGAAGCUCAGGCCAGGAAACACGCUUUGAGCUGUGACCGCAUGAAGCCAGCGCUCUUCAGUGUUCUGUGUGAGAUCAAAGAGAAAACAGUGCUAAGUAUCCGUGGUGCUCAAGAGGAGGACCCCCCCGAUGCUCAGAUCAUGAGGCUGGACAACAUGCUGCUGGCGGAGGGCGUGUCCGGGCCGGAGAAGGGUGGGGCCUCGGUGGCGGCCGCAGCUGCAGCGGUGGCAGUGGGGGGCGGAGUCGGUGCGGACAACUCUGCGGAGCACUCGGAUUACCGAGCCAAGCUGACUCAGAUUCGGCAGAUCUACCACACAGAACUGGAAAAGUACGAACAGGCGUGCAGCGAGUUCACGACACACGUGAUGAACCUUCUGAGGGAGCAGUCGCGCACGAGGCCCAUCUCGGCCAAGGAAAUCGAGCGCAUGGUGACCAUCAUCCAUCGCAAGUUCAGCUCCAUCCAGAUGCAGCUGAAGCAGAGCACGUGCGAGGCUGUCAUGAUCCUGCGCUCGCGCUUCCUGGACGCCAGACGUAAAAGACGAAACUUCAACAAGCAAGCAACGGAGAUCCUCAACGAGUACUUCUACUCCCACCUUAGUAAUCCUUAUCCCAGCGAGGAGGCCAAAGAGGAGCUGGCCAAAAAGUGCGCCAUCACCAUUGCACAGGUUUCCAACUGGUUUGGCAAUAAAAGAAUCCGAUACAAGAAAAACAUUGGUAAGUUCCAGGAAGAAGCCAACAUGUACGCUGCCAGAACCGCCGUCAAUGCGGCUAACGCGUCGUCGUCACACGGAAGCCGAGCAAAUUCUCCCGCCACUCCAAACUCUGCAGGUUCUGCUGCAUCUUUUAACAUGUCCAACUCGGCCGACCUGUUCAUGAGCGUCCAGUCUCUCAAUGGUGACUCAUACCAGGGGGCUCAGCUGGGCGCCAACGUGCAGUCGCAGGUGGACCGUCUGCGUCAUGUCAUCAGUCAGACGGGCGUCUACAGUGAAGCCGUGCCAGCCAAUCACAUGUACAGUCCUCAAGGCCUCAAUACAAAUGGCGGCUGGCAGGACGCGGCCACGCCAUCCUCAGUGACCUCGCCGACAGAAGGACCGGGAAGCGUCCACUCAGACACGUCCAACUGAUGUCUGAUGUGACUAUUUGCCAUUUUGUACUCUUUCUCUUGCGGCGUAAGGACAUUUCCACAGUAACUCUGCUCCAAAAGAACAUUCUUUCUUUCUUAAAUGAUUGACAUUUUAUUGUCCACUUUCUGUCCUGUCCUUUGAACUUCCUGUCUUAGCUCAUUGUUGACGUUCCAUUUCGGGAAUGUUGGACAUGUGCAAGUAAGCAGAAGCCAUCUUGGAUUUAUUUGUAAAAAUGCUGGAAACUUUACGACAUCUUUGAGAUGUAACGUUUUGCAUCACAAUGUGACAAGUCUUGCUAUUGCCAGGAGAGCUUUACAUGGGCGGAGUCCCUAUCACGCAUCAUCUUCUGCCUCAAGGGGAGCCGAAAAAGACAACAAUCCCAAUAAAGACUUUUUUUUACACAUGUAAACACAUGUAUGGGAUCAUGAACUCUGAGUUAGUGAAGGAAUCUUUUGUCCAGGAUAGAAUGUUGGCUGUGUUACUUGUUGCAUGUAUUUUAAUUGCUGCACUUUUAUAAAAAAAAAAAAAAAAAAAAGUGGCUGCAUAUGGACAACUUGUUCUUUUCAUAUCAUGAACAGACUAAAACAAUAUUGCCUUUGUUUGCGCCUCAAGAUUUUUUCAGCAGAAACGGGAUACUGCCUGACGUAAUGACGUAAGGCGGUAACGUAAGUAGUCAUUUCCGGGUUUGUGUUAUUUACUGUUCUGCUUCCUGCUAAUCAAUUCUGUUAGUACGUUCACGGGUGCUCGUUCUCUCCUGUAACGUUAUAACAGCUGGGUUAUUGUUAAAGUGUACCGUCUAAGUAAACACGACGUUUAUGUUGGCCGCUGCUCCUUAGCUGUUGUCAUCCUCACUUUGCGUUGUUUUUGUCUGUCAGGCCGUCGGUUCUGGACAACUUUGCUCUCCUAUCAGGGCAGCUGAACACCAUCAAUAAACUUCUUAAGAACGAAAAGACGCAGUCGUUUCGCAACCAGGUCAUCAUCCCACUGCUGCUGUCUCAGGAUCGUGAUGACGAUUUAGCAGUGAGCAUCUUUGGCGGGAUGGCUGGGUUGGCUGCUCACGAGCUGGCAGGGUUAAUCAAUGGUAAUGUAAAAAUGUAGUUUAUUUGCCGUAACGGAGGCGAUGAAUUAGAGGAGUGGACCCGAAACUGAGAAUGGAAAUCAAUAAAGCGAAGCCUGUGCGGAGCAGCCGGGUUAUGUGGAGAAGUCUACUGUAAAUAUGAUAGCAUUUGGGCAUGUGAAGUUAUAUUUGAAGCUGCUAGUAAUUCCGUCUGCGAUUGGCUGGCGACCCGUCCAGUUUGUACCCCCGCCUCUCGUCCGAAGUCAGCUGGGAUAGGCUCCAGCAUACCCCCGCUACCCUAAUAACGAUAAGCGGCAUAGAAAACAGAUGGAUGGAUGAGAGUAAUUGUGUAAGAUCACUGACGUUGACCAAUGGUAAAUUAUGACGCAAACAUGUAUUAUUUAAAAUGGGGCGUGGUCAGCUGCUGUGUUUUUCUGCUGGCAGUUUGUUGACAGUGUCAAGUUUGUCAAGAUGUCCUCCGCCCACGAUAUGUGAGUGAUUCCAAAGUUUGAAAUGUUGGUUUGCGUAAGAGUGAUUUUUUUGUGUGUAGGAGUGUUUUUGUCGCCUGAAGCUACUUCAAGGUUGUUAGUACUUUGA